AUGAGCAGCAACAGGAACAAGCGAAAAGCUGGCGCAGAGGAGCAGCAGCUCGAUGAUACAAGGAAGCGUAGUCGACGAUUCAGGAACGUCAAGGAAGAACUCGAUGACUUGCGCCAGUUCGCUGAACUGAUGGAUAUAUUACGAAGUCACAGGACAGAGGAUAAUCGUUUUCUUUGCGAAAGUUUCAUCCGUAACCCAUCGCGCAGGACAGAUCCAAAGUAUUUCGAAGUGAUUGCGCAUCCCAUCGAUUUAACGAGAAUUCAGCAGAAAAUCAAAACUGAAGAAUAUGUGAAUGUCGAAGAUCUAACCUCAGAUAUCAGCCUGUUAGUCAGUAAUCACAAGGCUUACUACGAGGUAAGUACUCUUGCUGUUGGUAUCGCUUUCCAGAUAGCUUAUUAUAGGCUAGACGUUGUCAGUGAUGCUGUUGGUGAAACUCUGUAA